AUGGCACCGAUACGUAACCGCAAGAAGUACCUAUCUUUCCCUGAGAAGAUAUUUGGCCUUAAAUGCUCUCAACAUAGAGCCUCAAAGAUGAGGUCUAUUUUCCGUUACUACAGCGAGCCCCCCUAUGGAAGGGUUGACAAGGAUUGCAUGCUUAAGUACCUCGUCAAGCUCCAGAAUAGGCUGUCAGCAGCAGAGAUCGGGGUCAUUGAGAGCUACUUCGGCCAUAAAGGAUCAGGAAAGCUGGCUUGCGGUCAAUUGGACAUUGCCAGAGGUCUGUGUCCAGGGGUAGAAUGCUGUGUCUGUAUGGAGUUAUUUCACAGCGAUCACCUGCCCGCGGUAACAUCUGUAUGCACUCAUGAGCCAAAAGUCUGCCCAGAUUGCAUUGCCCAGAGUAUCGACGCGCAAAUUCCCCAGGUCGCCUGGGACCAGAUCCAGUGCCCGGUGUGUCCAGAGCCACUACCCUUCGACGAGGUCAAGAAGUGGGCUUCGACUGAGGCAUUCGAGCAGUACGAUAAGAAGUCACUGAUGUCGGUUUUCCGCAACUUUCCAAGCUUAAUCAUGUGCCUCGGCCCUGGUUGCGACUCCGGCCAGAUCCACGACGGCGAGCACGACCAACCCAUCAUGACUUGCAACAAUUGCCAGUUCAAAACAUGUUACACCCACAAGAUGCCAUGGCAUUCUGGUCAAACAUGUGCUGGCUACGAAUACGAGCGGGAGAAGCGCAUGGCACAGGAAGCAGCUUCCGACAGAGUCAUCGCAGAGACUACCAAAGUGUGUGGGAAUCCAGAGUGCGGCGCUCGCAUUGAAAAGAACGGGGGCUGUGAUCAUAUGACUUGCAAGGUGUGCCUUUACCAGUUCUGCUACUUGUGCCUGGCUCCGUACAAGCGCAUCAUGGCCGAGGGAAACACAGCACAUGCUGAGAACUGUGUCUACCAUAGUAGCAACCUACCAGACAACGGCCUACCAGAUGUCAUAGAUGAUGAUGAUUUUAUGGAUGACAGCGAUCCUGACGAUGAAGUUCUUGAAUGGGAUCAUUACUAUCCUACGCCCGGUCUCUAG